AUGCCUUCCUUCUCCGAUUCCGGCCCUCUGUACUUGGGCUUCGAUCUCUCGACGCAGCAGCUCAAGGCCGUUGUCGUCGACUCCAACCUCCAGACCGUCGGCCAGGCCAAGGUCGACUUCGACGGCGACUUCGCCCCCAAAUAUGGCGUCAAGAAGGGCGUCCACGUCCGCGAGUCCACCGGCGAGGUCUACGCCCCCGUCGCCAUGUGGAUGGACUCGCUCGACCUCGUCCUCUCCCGCCUCGCCUCCGCCAUGCCCGUGCCCAUGGAGCGCAUCCGCGCCGUCAGCGGCUCCGGCCAGCAGCACGGCAGCGUCUUCUGGAACAGCGACGCCGAAUCCCUCCUCGAAAGCCUCGAUUCCUCCAGAUCCCUCUCUGAGCAGCUGGCCGCCUCGCUCGCCAAUGAGUGGUCCCCCAACUGGCAGGACCAGAGCACCGAGGAGGAGGCGCAGGCUUUUGAUGCCGAGCUGGGGGAUCGCGAGCAGCUGGCUCAGGUGACAGGUAGUGGUGCGCACCACCGCUUCACAGGUCUUCAGAUUAUGCGAUUACGCCGCACCAAGCCAGACGUGUAUGCCAAGUCCACCCGCAUCUCUCUCGUCUCGUCAUGGCUUGCGUCGGUCCUCAUUGGCAAGAUUGCUCCUCUCGACGUCGCCGACGUCUGCGGUAUGAACCUCUGGGACAUCCCCAACCAGCGUUACAGCGAUGAGCUGCUCCGACUCGCCGGCGGCGGCAAGGCGGGCGCCAUUGACCUGCGCAAGAAGCUGGGCGAGGUCGAGAUGGACGGUGGUGCCUCCCUCGGCCGCGUCUCCAGCUACUUCGUCCAGAAGUACGGCUUCAGCCCGGACUGCGAGGUCUCCCCCUUCACCGGCGACAACCCGGCCACCAUCCUCGCCCUGCCCCUCCGGCCCCUCGACGCCAUCGUCUCCCUCGGCACCUCGACCACCUUCCUCAUGAACACGCCGGCCUACAAGCCUGACGGCGCCUACCACUUCUUCAACCACCCCACCACGGCCGGCCACUACAUGUUCAUGCUCUGCUACAAGAACGGCGGCCUCGCCCGCGAGAAGAUCCGCGACGCCCUCCCCAAGCCCGAGGUCGGCCCCACCGGCUGGGAGAACUUCAACGACGCCGUCACCGACCGCUCCCCCCUCGACAUCCACGCCGACCGCGCCAAGAUAGGCCUCUACUUCCCCCUCCGCGAGACCGUCCCCAACAUCCGCCCUGGCACCUGGCGCUUCACCUGUUCCGCCGCUAACGGCACCGACCUCCGCGAGGAGGCCGAGCCCUGGUCCCCCGAGACCGACGCCCGCGCCAUCGUCGAGUCUCAGGCCCUCUCCAUGCGCCUCCGCUCCCAGAACCUCGUCCUCCCUCCCCAGGACGGCCGCAACCUCCCCGCGCAGCCCCGCCGCAUCUACCUCGUCGGCGGCGGUUCGCUCAACCCGGCCAUCGCCCGCGUCAUCGGUGAGGUCCUUGGCGGCGUCGACGGCGUGUACAAGCUCGACGUGGGCGGCAACGCCUGCGCCAUCGGCGGCGCGUACAAGGCGCUGUGGGCGACCGAGCGGGCCGACGGCGAGACGUUUGACGAGCUCAUCGGCAAGCGGUGGAAGGAGGAGGGCGCCAUCGAGAGGGUAGACAAGGGGUACCGCGAGGGUGUGUACGAGGGGUACGGCAACGUCCUCGGUGCGUUUGAGGAGAUGGAGCGCAGGCUGCUCGCUGAGGAGAAGAAGCCCGAGGAGCAGAAGAAGUCCGAGGAGGAAGCGAAGAGUCGGGUUGGCCAUCAUGCCAGGCGGUACUCGAACCGCAGGAACGGGGAGGACAUGUGA